AUGGCUGGCGAAAAGAAAAUUGAGAAAGGAGAGCCUAUAUCCACUGUACUGACGGCAGAUUCUGUUACUGGAUUGAGUCAGCAAGAAGUGGUAUCUGGAAAAGACGGAAUACCAUCUGAUCCAAUCCCCUCCAUGUCUUCUUUAUUGGAUUCCAACUCUAGCAUCAAAGGUGAGACUGAUCAAGAUUCAGUUGGAGAGCAUGGUGUUUACUAUCAACCUACUAGCUGUUACAAUUAUUAUUACCCAGCAGGUUAUAAUGGAUCGUUUACACAGAUGGAUGAUCAUGGUUAUUUACAUGCUAAUAAUCAGCAUACGGGUGUGCAGUCAGACAAUGGUUCAAUGGUCUAUUAUCUUCCGGGCUAUAACCCAUAUGCCCCGGGAACUCUUAUGGGAAUUGACGGCCAAGGUGUUGGUCAACAGCAGUAUUUUCCUUCCUCAGGAUAUAUGCAACCUCCUGUUUCCUAUGGUUCAGAAGCUGCGCCUUGUUAUUCAUGGGAUUCAACAUUUGUUGGAGACGUCUCUACUGCAGCGAAUUCUGGUUUUGGAAAUGCAAAGGUCGGUCCAGGUUCUGCUGCUUUGUCUAAGUCGGGUGGCUUUGUUUCGACUAAAACCAAUGGCAAUCUUCCAAGCAGAUUUUCCAAGUCUCUCCCUCAUACACAACCCUUCAAAUCAUUAAACAAGGUACCGCAUUUGGGCAAUGAUUUCUCAGCGGGUCUUUUGAAGGGGUACAACCCAGCUGGAAGGUUCUCAUCAUUUGCUAACCAGAAGUAUGGUCUUUUUCCUCCAAAUGGUCACAUGAACUACAAAUCUAAUGCGAGAAUUUCGAAUGGAAAUGAUAGAUUUAAGUCCAGGGAAAACUUUAACAGGAAUGAAGAUUUUGAAUCCUCAACUGAGCUGACACGUGGUCCAAGGUCCCGAAACAAGAGUGCUCCUUUAGAUUCAGCAAUUGAGAAGGAAGAACUAUCGUUUACAGUCCAUAGAGAUCAAUAUAAUCUACCAGAUUUUCAGACUGAUUAUGAAAAAGCGAAGUUUUAUGUCAUCAAGUCUUACAGUGAGGAUGACGUCCAUAAGUCCAUUAAAUAUGAUGUUUGGGCCAGCACUCCAAACGGCAAUAAAAAACUAGAUGCGUCAUUUCGUGAUGCUGAAUCAAAAUCUAGGGAGACAGGCACACAGUGUCCCAUCUUCCUCUUCUUCUCGGUAAAUGGAAGUGGACAGUUUAUUGGCCUAGCUGAGAUGGCUGGCCAGGUGGAUUUUAAUAAAGAUAUGGAUUUCUGGCAAGUUGACAAGUGGAGUGGUUUCUUCCCAGUAAAAUGGCAUGUAAUAAAGGACAUACCUAACACUCAAUUGCGGCAUAUUAUCCUCGAAAAUAAUGAUAACAGACCUGUAACUUUUACCCGGGACACUCAAGAGAUUGGACUGAAGCAAGGUUUGGAAAUGCUGAACAUAUUUAAAAGCCACACAGCUAAAACAUCAUUGUUAGAUGAUUUUAAUUUCUAUGAGGAUCGAGAGAAGUCUCUGAAAGCCAGGAGGAGCAGUAAGCCUGCAACUUUGAAGAUGGAAACUUAUGACAAUAAUGAUAUUACUAAACAUAUAAAUGCAGGAGGGAGAAACGUUGAUGAUGAAUCAGCUGGAAUAAGGAUGGCUUCCGAUCGAGCAUCUCUCAUUUCACUCACCAAAAAUCUUUCCCUCAAUGGUUGCCCAUGA